AUGCAAUGUGUUCAGGGAUUUGUGAAAAAUGAAACUUUUUCAAGAAAUAGGAUAUUAUUAGUCGCCUUCGUCGCAAGAAUAACGCUUGUCAACUUCACUGAUAUCGAUUAUCAUGUGUUUUCUGAUGCCGCAAAGCACGUUUCAAAUGGUGGAAGCCCGUUCGAUAGAGCCACUUACCGCUAUACACCUGCGUUAGCAUGGAUCCUUCUUCCGGUUGUCAUUUUUCCAGACUUUGGAAAAAUCCUCUUUUGCGUUUUCGACAUUCUCGUUGCGUUUCUAUAUUUCAAAAUCAUGGAGAAAGAUUUGAAUGAGACGAAAGAUGAGGAAGCUCGGGAUGAGAUGGAAGGCGACCAGACGAUGAAUGUAGUUAUGUACUGGCUUGCCAAUCCCUUAACAGCUGUAAUUUCGGCAAGAGGAAAUGCAGAGUCUAUCGUUUCUGCUGUUGUUCUACUGAACAUUCUACUUCUUCAAAAAGGACAUUGGAUGUCGGCAGCACUUGUUCAUGGAGCCUUGGCAAUCCAGUUGAAGAUUUAUCCGUUGAUCUAUCUGCCAUGCGUGUUCUUGAGUCUUUCAUCAUUCGGUGCUCAAAAAGGCUUCGUAGCAAAAUUGAAAAGCUUGUUGACAAAUUGGAGAGGUUUUGCUUACGUUCUGGUAACUCUGAUUUCGUACGGAUUAGUCGUGUUAUUUUUCUAUUUAAUUUAUGGACAACUCUUUCUCGACGAGUACCUUAUUUACCACAUUAAACGAAGGGAUUUGGCUCAUAACUUCUCUCCCUAUUUUUACCCGCUGUACAUCUAUGAAGCGGAACCAGUAAUUUCUCAAAUUAUUGGACUUGGAGCCUUCAUCCCUCAACUUAUGCUGACGGUCGUCUUCGCAUUCAAGCAUUAUCAUGAUCUACCGUUCUGCUGGUUCAUAACCACAUUUGCCUUCGUCACUUACAACAAAGUUUGCACAAGCCAAUACUUUGUUUGGUACAUUGUACUGCUUCCGUUGUUGGCUCACAAAAUCAUGAUGUCUCGAAAACGAGCCCUCACUCUGAUAGGCGCGUGGUUUGGCACUCAAGGAAUUUGGCUUCUCACCGCUUACCUCUUCGAAUUUGAAGGACAUGACACAUUUUUCCUGAUGUUCCUCGCUUCGUGUCUCUUCCUUAUCACCAAUUCGAUAAUUCUCAAGCAAAUUAUGAACCAUUAUGUUUGGAUUGGGAAACAGAAAACGGAAUGA